AAAGAACUUGUGAGGUGGAACUGUUGUUUUUGCCUACAUUCUGUGUUAUUUUCGCUCAACGGUAUGGACUUUUCCAAAUUCUCUGAUGAUAAUUUUGAUGUCAAAGAGUGGGUGAACUCGGCACUAAGAAUUCGUGAUGAUCGAACUCCUAUUGACGCUCAUGCAUCAAACUUGGUCAUGAAGUUACAGUUAUUUAUACAGGAGGUUAAUAAUGCCUUAGAGGAAACCAGCACUCAAUCAGUGAAUAAAAUUCCAAGAGUUUUAAGGGAGAUAGAGAACAUCCGUCAUGAUGCUUCCCUUCUGAAGGAACAAAUGAAUCUUGUGAAGGAAGACAUUAGAGUGGUUGAAGAAAAUACAGCACAAUCAAUGAAGAUGUUGAUGGAGAUUGAUACUGUUAAAUCAAGAAUGCAAGAUGCAUCAAGAGCUCUUAAGGAAGCAGAUAACUGGACAGUGCUGUCAUCUGAUGUGGAUAAAGUUUUUGAAUCUGGGGAUGUUAGUGCUAUUGCAGCAAAACUGGAAGGAAUGCACAAAAGUUUGACUGUCCUACAAGAUGUUCCAGACUAUGCACAGAGACGUAGACGACUUGAAGGGCUUAAAAACAGACUGGAGGCACUCCUGAGUCCAAAGAUUGUGGCUGCAUUCAAUAAUCAUUCUCUUGAUGAUACUAGAGAAUAUGUCAAAAUAUUUACAAACAUUGAAAGACUGGAUCAGCUUCAAAAUUAUUACAUUAGAUGUCAUAAGACAAAAUUGCAAAAGACCUGGAAUGAAGUGCGUGUUGAGGAUCCAAAUAGGUCAAUGCUGGAGUGGCUUUCAACAUUCUAUGAUGUUAUCCUAUCAACCUGGCAUACAGAGGUAACUUGGUGUGGUCAAGUUUUCACUGAGCCUGGAACUGUACUAUGUACACUCAUCAGUCAAACGCUUGGUCAUUUAGACCCAUCAUUGUCAUCGUGCAUCACUGAGUUUAUAAAGAACCAAUCAAAUGUCAUUGCAAAGUUGAUUGAGCUGCGACAAGUAACAUUACGAUUUGCUCAUGGCUUAGAAAAGGCAGUUUCACUACAGCAAGACAAAUGCAGCAUCCAUGCUGUGAAUCAAUUGGUUGACGUAGUGUACUCUCCUUACAACCCGUACCUGUUGGAUUAUCCAACAUUACAGCAGACAUUCCUUGUGGAGCAGCUACAAGCAACACGGCUGCAAGGUGAUGGGUUCAUGGAGACUGCUAGUUUUAUGGCUGAAUCUGUUGAGAAAAUAUUUCACCUAGCUGAGCAGGCUGUUGAGUAUUGUAUUGACCUUACUGAUGGUUAUGCUGCCCGUGGUCUAUGCCAUGUUUUAGAGGAGUUCUUUGGGGCAUAUACUGGACGAAUGGACGAAUGUGUUUCAAUUUUAAGAAAAGAAUGUUCAUUAGAUGUUGAUUCUAAAGUGGACGUCACAUCCAAUGAGGGAAUCAGUGAGGACUGGACAAUGUUUCAAAAUGCUUUCCGGCUGAUUCAGAUUUGUGGUGAUUUGCUAAUUAAAAUGGAAAACUUGGACAAAAGAUUACUUGUUUCAUUUCUUAGUACUGUGCCAGAUUUAAACAACAAAGUUGAUGAUGCUCCAAGUGAAAAGACUGCGACUCGACAAAGACCAUUUCAGUGGUACAAUUAUUUGCAACAGGAGAGGCCCAUUGAGUAUGGUACUUUCAAUGAAUUUAUCCAAAAGGUUCACUCAGGUAAUUUCCAAAUACUGUACAAGUUAUUUUCCCUUAUUUUAGUUUGGUCCGCCAAGUCCCCGGAAUCUGGGGCUGCAUUGAGUGACGAGCUUCCCACAUUCAGUUUAUCUCCGCUUGGAUACAUUACGCACAUUGGAGAUUACCUACUCACUCUUCCUCAGCAACUGGAGCCGUUUAUAACACAAGAAAAUCCCGCUCUGGAAACUGCCAUGAGGGCGGGAAAUCUGCCAUUCCCGGAUCUUCAAGCUGCAGAUGAAGAUGAACACCACCCUGGAACCUACUGGCUGGGAUCAAUUGCACGUGGCACCAUGCACGCCUACACAGAGAGUAUCCUGAGAAUCCAUGAGUUGACGCCAUACUCAACUCAACAGCUGUUGGCUGAUAUAGACUACUUCUGCAACGUAUUGGAAGCUCUAGAAGUGACACCAAGUCAAACUCUGACGCACAUUAAUGAAUUGUUGAAAGCAGUUAGUGACAAGUUUCACGAGGUUGCUCAUGAACUGGGUGUGGAGGAUCGAAUCACCAUGGCAAUAGCAGGAAUAAGAAGCAUCCACUGAUUGCAAUCAUGGCAUUUCUCUCUAUCAAUCGGCGGCUACCGUUAGAUGUUUCGGCUGUGUGAAUAAUCUCAGAAAAAGAUCUCUACCUCAAGAAUAGUCCAAUUUACAGUUGUGUGCUUGGUUGCCAAGCCUUUGAAUGGGAGUGAGGCUAGAGAUGACCUUGUUAUGAUACAAA